AUUUUGCUGUUUGCUGACCGCUAAAAACAACCAGGAAGAAGGAGACGUUCGUUCGUUCCUGUGGAGGGAAAAAAGGCGCAUCUUAUAGGCUGAAGUUAAAAGUUGUAGCGUUUCUCUGUCGACUGCUCAUAACAGGACCGACUCACCAUGCUUGACCAACAGGAAAAUAGCCCGCAUGACAUUCCUGACUAUGACGGCAUAGAGGAUGAAGCUUUCCCCCCACUCCCACCACCACACUCCCCAGGCCGGGGAGCCCAGGAGGAAGGAGACCCUUUUGCAGAUGGAGAUGAAGGUGAGGUAUCACAGCUGGCUGAUGUCCCUACUGCUAAAAGGAGAGGCGUGAAGAGACCCCAACCCAAGCUGGACUCCCACAGAUGGAGAAAAUUCCCCGACUGGAAAUUGUCAGAGCGUUGGAGACAUCCCUGGAUGUGUGUGAGAAAGAUGGAUGCCCUGGUUAUGCCACACAUGAAAAGCAGAGCUGGUGCUGCUGGAUUGCAGGCAACCUGGCUGAUAUCAGAUAGAGGGCUUCCAGCUCUGGGCACUCUCUUUGACAAUGUCCAGUUCAAAGGCAAAGGACACGAGGCUGCAGACCUGCGGCUGCUAAUGCAGAAGAUGGAAAACUGGGCCCACAGGUUGUACCCCAAAUUGCAAUUUGAAGAUUUUAUUGACAAAGUGGAAAGGCUCGGCAGCAAAAAGGAAGUGCAGACAUGUCUUAAACGAAUACGACUGGACAUGCCCCUGACACAUGAAGAUUUUACAAGUACAGAUGGUGCUGGUGACGAAGAGGUACAACGUGAACUGGAAACAUUUGGGGAUCCUGAUCUAUUCAGCAGAGAGAGCUUUGUUAAUGGUCCCCAAGGGCAGAUUGCCGAAGUCCUCGCUCCCCCACCUACUCCCUCUCUGACCGAAGAGCAGCAGAAACGCAUUGAGCUGAACAGACAGCGGGCCCUGGAAAAGAGGCUCGCACGCCAGCAGCAGCAGCAAAUUGACUCUCAGACUGCUGACAUGUUAGGAGACAAACCUCCAGCUGCGUCCUCACCAAAUGUCAUCAACAGUUCUACCGGUGGAGAUGAAACUGUAGAAGAUCCUGACCUCGAGCCUACCAACAACACCUCCACGCAACAAACCAGCCCACUUCCCCCCAAAGACUCUGAGCCCGCUGAGGAAGAGACCGGCCUCAACCCUGAGCAACAACUCAGUAACGACUGUAAAGGAGGGGAUUAAAGUUCACAUGCAGCACAGUUUCUGCUGAAAAGCUUUGGCAGUGAGCAGAUUUAAAGGUUUCCCAAUUUUCAUGCCUACUCAUUCGAGUAUUAAUGUGCAUUUAUGGUGGUUUAUAUCUUGAGCACAUGUUCCCACUGUGACGUCAGCUUUGGAUUAGCAAAGACAUUUAUAUUUAUAAUCAAUGGAAAUCUUUUUUUUUAACGUCCAAAUCCUAAAUGUAUUUACCAUGUGUUGGUAUCUAGAUGUUAUAGAAAAAUAUUUGAACAACUGAUCCACAGUUCCAGCUCUCAUAUGUAUCUAUAUCCAGUGUGUAGUAUGUGGGCUGUAGGUGAGAUUACCAUCAACUGACCAUCACCCUCUUCCAAGCAUUAAAUGCUCGUUCAAAUAUGAACAGUUGUUUCUUAAGCCACUGCUUGGUUAGUUCUAGGCUACUGCAGGGACAUGAAAACACAGCACGAUGAAAUGGCUCCAUCUGAGCUAAUGAAAACACCAUUUUUAAUUGCAGGCCACUGCACACAUAUUGAAACAGUUAGGUCCAUUUCAUAUUUCUGUUGGUAGUUCUAGAAAACAAUCUUAAAAUCCACAAACCAAAAAACAGUUCUGAUUAUUUAUCAGUUUAAGUUCAAACAAUAAAAAUGCCCUUAAAAUGUUAGUGUUGGUGUCUUCUAUACAGUCUCUUGAUAUACACACUAUAAGAUAAAUACAUCAUAGUUUUAUACAUCACUUCCAAUAUCUAAACAACCAACCUCACGUGUGUUCAUUACUAUACGUGUUUAUAUUUUAAUGUCUCUGUUAAUGAUGAGUGACAUGGUCACAUGACUGUGGCCCACUGCAAAAAGUACUUGAAGUUUUAUCAGCGCCCCGUGACAGUCUGGUGACUGGUUCAGGGCGUAUCCUGUCUCUCACCCUAUGACAGCUGGGACAGAUUCCAGGACCUGCAGAAGAAAAUGGACGAGUGGACGUUUUAUCAUCUCCAGAACGAUACUCGUGCUGGGGUUUGUAUGAAGUGGUCACAGGUAGUACAAUAUGUGUGAACUCACCAAAAAUGGUUCUAUACAACAAGACAUUUUAUUUUUACCAGGUCAGUUUGAAAUCUUGUAGGUGCCAAGCCCCACUAGUGAGAUAUUAAUGUAGAUCACUGCUGCUGAGAGAAAAAAGCCAUUUGUUACCAGACGUCUUUAACCUGUUGUAGUUUGACUAGUUGCCUGCAGGAUUGAACCACAUUUGCAGUUAGCAAUAGGUCUUGUCAAAUUAACUGCUGACACUUCACUGGCAUUAACACGUUCCCUAACCUCUUACAACUAAGUUUAACUUGAUGUGAUUUUAAAAACUAA